AUGGAAAAUAAUAAUUAUUUUAAUAUUAAAUAUUUAAUAGAAAAUAAAUUUCAAGAAAAUAAUGAAUUUUUAUUUUUUAAAGUUUGGAAUAAUCAAUAUUUAAAACAUUUAAUAUGGAAAAUUAUAAAAUUAGCACCUAUUGAAGGUGGAGAAUUUAGAAUUAGUUUAACAUAUGAACAAAUUCAUAAUGUUAGAUUAAUAUCAGAAUUAGAAUCAUGUGGUCAACUAUUUAAAGAAAAACUCUCAAAAAAAGAAUUCCUUUCAAUACCAUUAAAAUUGAAAACUGAUUUCUUUUAUAACACAUGUCAAUUUCAAGUUGAAUUCUUUAAAGAGUUUAUAAGAAAUCAUAGAAUUCAAUUACUAUCACAAAGAAAUCUAUUUCAAUAUAUUAUACGUGCAGGUAAUCUAAAUGCAUUGGAAGCAUUUUUAAAUGAACCGUCAACAUUAAUAAACAACAAUAAUAAUAAUAAUAAUAAUAAAUGGGAAUUUGUUAGAGAUAAAACUCAAUUAGGUGAUUGGGCAGUCAGAGUUGGUAAUUUAAAAAUUUUAAAUAUUUUACAAAAGAAUGGAGAAAAAUCAUUGACAUUGGGUGGCGACGACUUAUUUAAUAAUUUAACAAAUAGAAGUUCAUAUGAACCUGUUGAUUUAGAUAAUUAUGCAAGUAAACAAAAAUCAAUUAUGAAUGUACUAAAUUAUCUAUUAGAUAAUAAUUGGAUAAAGUUGGAUGACUUUAAUAAUGUUAAACCUUUGAAAAUGUAUAAUAUAUUCUCUUAUAAAUAUGGUAUUGAUUAUUUUGAAUUUUUCGAUACGAUUAAACAACAUUUAAAAUUUAGUGAUUUACAACAACCAACAUCAUCAACAACAUCACCAUUAAUUCAAUUUCUAUCAACCAAUAUUUUUGAUGAUACUCUAACAUUUAAUCAUGUUUGUCAUCUUUUAAAUAUUUUCAAAUUUUCAAUUAAUAAAUUUGAAUUAAGUUCAACAACUACAACAACAACAUCAACAACAUCAUCAUCAUUAUCAUCAAAUCGUAUUUAUAAAGGUAUUGAGUUUAAUAAUGAAAAUGAAGGAAAUUCAAUAAUUUCAAAAUGUUUAAAUAAAGUUGGAUCUAAAUUAUUAGUUAGAGAAUGGUUAAAUGUUGUUGUUAAUUUUUUUAGUGAACAGGAUAAAUUUAAAUAUCAAGAUAAAAUUGGUGAAUAUAUAUUAUUUUCUAGUGAUGAUGAUGAUGGUGUAAAUGAAUAUUUACAAUUUCAUAAAGGUCAUACUUCUCUUUAUGAAUAUGCUUAUCAAUUUGGUGAUAUUAAAUUAUUAAAAAGGUUAAAUAAUGGUUAUAAUAUUACAAAUACAACUAUUGUUGAUGACCCUCUUUUAAAAUAUUCAAAUCCAUUCUCAUUUGCAAAGAAUAAUUAUAAUUUAUUUUCAAAGGCAUCAAAUGAUGAUAAAAGUAUAGAAUUAAAGAUUAAUUUCAUUGAUUGUUUAUUAGAAAUUUGUAAUAAAAACUAUCAAAUUAAUAUAGACAAUGAUAAUAAUAGUAAUAAUAAUAAUAGUAUAUUAGAAGGUUAUUAUGAAAUAUUGUUUUCUCAAGUAUUCACAUUCAAUAAUUCAAUCAUUUAUUCACAUUUAUUAAAUAAUUCCAAAUUUAUACCAAAUUUAACAUUUCAAUUGUUAAAGAAAAUUUCAAAUUUUAAAUAUGGUAAUCCAUUUGAAAAUAUUGAAAUUAUUAAAUUAUUAUUUGAGAAUAAUCAAAUAGAUUUUAAAAAUGAAGGUUUAUUAUUAAAAAUUUUAAUUUCAUUCCUUAAAGUAAAGAAUAUUCAAAAUUUAAAUUGGUUAAUUAAUUAUGAGAUUGGUAGUGAAUUUAUUUUUAAAAGAUCAUCAAUAAUUUAUAUUGAUGGAAUUCAAAAUCAUUAUGUAUUUUCAAUAUCUUAUUUAACAAAGAAUGGUUUCUCUUGUACGUUUAGUGAAAUCUAUAAAAAAGCACUUCAAUCUGAAUCGUUUGACUUUUUAAAGAUUUUAGUUGAAAAUAGGAAUGAAUCAAUUUAUGAUAGUUGUGGUGGUGGUGAUAAUAGUGGUAAAGAUAUUAAUGAAGUUUAUAAAAAUAUUGGUAUAAAUUGGUUUAGGGGUAGAGUUUAUUUUGAGUAUUUAAUUAAUGAAAAUAAAUUCAAUAUUUUAAAAAGAUUUAUUUUACCAUCAAUCUCUGAUGAACAAUGGUUAAAUUAUUAUUUUCAAUCAAAACAAUAUUCAAAAUUUUAUCAACAUGUUUCUGAUCAAUUAAAUAAUAAUAAUAGUAAAUCAUGUUAUUUAUUAUUGACUCAAUUUGAUUCAAUUUUUGAAGAAUUUAGAAUUGCCCCAAUGGAUUUCAUUUUAGGAUUAUUAGAAUUACUUUUAAAUCAAUUUAGUAGUGGUGGUGGUGGUAGUAAUAGUAGUUGUAAUCUUAAAAUUUUAACAACAGAAAAGAUUAUUAUAUUUAUAAUUAAUGAGUUGAUUAAAGGUUCACAUUUACCUGCAAUUAAAUUAAUUCAUGAAAAGUAUCCUCAAAUUUUUAAACUUAAACGUUCAAGUAGUGGUGGUGGUAUAGGUACAGGUUUAGAUGAUGAUGAUGAUGAAAAACCUCAAUCAGUAUGGUUAUAUUGUGCAUUGGAAACUGGUUGUUUGGAAGUAUUUAAUUAUCUUAGAUAUGAUUUAGCAUUAGAACUUGAACUUGAUAAAGAUCAAUCAUUUGAAGUUAUAUUACCAACAAUUUCAAAAACUUCAAAUUUCUUAUUUUUUGUGUAUAAUGUUUUCCCAAAUAUCAAUUAUCAAAAACCAAGUAAAAAUACUGAACAAGAUGAUCCUUGGGAAUAUUAUAAAAUUGAUUGGUUUUUUAAAAAUAUUUUAAUUAAUUCUCAAAAAGAAGAAGAAGAAGAAAAAGAAGAAAAAGAAGAACAAGAAAAUAAUUUUUUAAGUUAUGAAGAUAUGGAUGGGUAUAUUUUUUAA